AUGCGCUUCUUCUCAAUCGCGGCCUCCGCGCUGCUCGCUGUCAACCACGCAGCUGCAGCCACGGUCAAGGCCCCAAAGGCGCCCCUGGCGAUCCGUGAAGCAAAGAUGGCGCCCAAAUUCUUCAUCAUCAGCAUGUUCACACCUGAGGCGGAUAUCUGGUAUGAAAAGCUCCCGGACAGCGGCCUCGGUGACCUCCUGGCUGUCAAUAUCAGCACCCCUGGCCUGUCCAUGCUGUUUCCCCACAUCCAUUGCACAGAAGACUUCCAGAUCUGUCAAGUCACAACCGGCGAGUCGGAAAUCAACGCAGCCGCGACCAUCACCUCCGUCGUGCUGUCCGAUAAGUUCGAUCUCACUUCGACUUACUUCAUGAUCGGUGGUAUUGCAGGCGUGAGCCCGGAAUGGUCCACCCUCGGCGGUGUCGCUCUUUCCCGGUAUGCCGUUCAGGUCGCGCUGCAGUACGAGUUUGACGCCCGCGAGAUGCCUGAGAACUACACGACCGGCUACGUGGGCUACGGCACCUUGCAACCGGGCAUCAUGCCCGAGACCUGGUACGGCACGGAAGUGCUCGAGGUCAAUGAGGAUCUGCGCCAGAUCGCGUACAAGCUUGCGUCUAAGGCCAACCUCAGUGACAACGCCAUCGCGGCUGAGUACCGCGAGCGUUAUGUUGCCGCAGGCGAGGUCCAAGUUGCGGCCACCCUGCCUCCGAGCGUCGUCCUCUGCGACAGCGCCACCAGUGAUGUCUACUAUUCCGGUAAGCUGUUGGCGGAGGCCUUUGACAACACCACGACUCUCUGGACGAACGGGUCUGGACACUACUGCAUGACUGCGCAGGAGGACAACGCCACUCUCGAGGUUCUGCUCCGGAUGGCCAUCGAAGGCCUUGUCGACUUCUCCCGGAUCAUCCUCAUGAGAACUGGCUCCGACUUCGAUCGCCCACCGCCGGGUACCUCAGCCUAUGAUCACCUUCUGAUCAACGACCAGAACGGGUUUGAAAUCGCUGUGGAGAACAUCUACUACGCCGGAGUCGAGAUCGCCAAGGGUAUCUUGAGCGACUGGAACUGCACCUUCAAGGCUGGCGUCAAGGCCUCCAACUACAUCGGUGACGUGUUUGGGUCGCUUGGUGGUGAGCCUGACUUUGGGCCGGGAAGCAUCACGGAUGGCCUGGCAGUGCUGCCAGAUGGAAAGACGGGAGAUCUGGAGACUAGGGAUGUCGAGGCCGCCACGGAUGUCAAGGGCAAGAGAGCUGCGGCUAUCAAGAGGAGCAAGGGGCUGCAGCGACGCAGGGGGUUGCCUGUGAUCAAGAUGAGGGGCCCCAUAGCCUGA